AUGAUGAAUGAGCCCGUCAACGUCGCUUCUGCUGAGUCCGAGUCCAUCGAUUCUCGUUCCAGCGCCACUUUUUCGCCGACUGAAGGUAAGGAGGGUAAAUCUCCCUUCCUUCCCGAAUCCUUUGAACCCACCGAGAAUGAAGUGAUCCUUGGACGAGGAAAGCAAGUGGCUACCCACCCUGGUAACAAGCGCUUUAAGGAAGUUGUGUUGUCUCACAUUAAGGAGUACUCAGCCGCACAAACCAAGGCUUUGAAGUCCAAUAUUCUUUCCCACAUUGUCAGCAAGAUCCGCGGUAAGAGCUCCUUUCAAGCCGGCUUUGUCAAGCAAGACAAUUCCACCGGUCGCUGGAUGGUUGCAGAAGACUCGGCAGCACGCAUUGCCACUGCUCAGAUCUUUCGAGAUGCUCUGUCAGAUUCCUACAAGAGCAGUAAGCAAUUCAAGCAACAGCGCCGACAGGAUCGCAAGGGUCUGGCCAAGAAGCAGAAGCUAGUGCGGGAAAACAGGGAGCAAGAGAGCUUGCUGCAACAGCACCAGGACAUGUUCCAAACUCUUUCUCUUCCCCCUAUCACCGGCUCCAGCCAACUGGCUCAACUGCAGCAACCUCCGCAUCAAUCUCCCGCCUCUCAGCUGCAGUAUCCCGGGGUUCAAGACCGACUUGUGGGACGCCUGAACAACGUCCUUGCACAGCUCCGCGGUGGACCCAUGAUCCCUGACGCACAAGUUCCUUCUUUCCUUCCUUCCUCCCCGCCUAUGAAACCAGAAGAAGACACGGGCAUGGUGUCGAUUCUAGCAGAUCACUUUGGUGCCCAGACUGAUCCCUGCUCCAAUCCCUUUGAACCAACACCCAUCUUCGAAGAUGGUCUGAUCUUCUCAACCCUCAAUGGCUUCAAAGUGAGGGAAUCAUAA